AUGACGAGACCAAGGACCAUGUCGUCGCCCCUCAAGAAGCAGCCAGAGGCUGUGGCCGACAAGGUCCUCAAGAGGGCCGAGCUGGGAAAGGUAAGUCUUUGCCGACCUCGAGACCGCCUCUCUCAGGAGAAGGGCAGAAAAGGGCUAACAGAGUGGCAUCUUGCACAGAUGGCCCGAAAACUCCAGAAUCGCCUCGCCCUGGCUCAGUUCAAGACGAAGCACGGCUGGGAGGACCUCGCCUUCGAUACCAUAGAGCCCAAGUUUGAGGAAGAAUUGCGACGGAAGCGGAUCUCAGAGGGGGAUGUCCUAUCUGACUCCUCAUCCAGCGCAUCCGAUCUGCCUUACCCCACAAGAACACUCAUGAGCUCCCCCCUCAAGGCGCCCCUAUUUUCAGACGCAAUUGGAUCCAGCAAUGGCAGUUCAGGCCAUCGCAAGCGCACAUAUAUGGCCUCUUUCGAUGGAGCACUCUCCAGCCCGGGCAAGCGAUUCCGUGCCUCCCCCACUGCACACAAGUCUUUCUCCGGGCACAGCACAUGGAAGGACCAUCACCAGCUUGCACAGUCGUCUCCCAUCAAGCCUCGCCGGCAACCACACUUUACUACCUCUACUGGCCCAGAUGUAUCCUUCUUCCAGGGAACCCGCCGCAUGACUGACGACCUGACAUCGCCAAACUUUGCCGCUCCCUCCGACGACGACGAGGAUCUUCUUCCGGCCCACUCCUUCCAUGCCAACCAUUCACAGGCUUCACCACCCAGCACUCCUCCCAUGCGCAGUCGAAGCAGCCUCGGCCGGCGCAAUAACAAGGACAAGGCCAAUGGCAACGACAACAAGUCUGGUGAAGAGGGUGCGGAUCUACUGCUCUACCUGGCGGCAUCACCGUCUCCGGCCAACCCCGUGAAGACCCGCAUGGAGCCUCCAUCUACACCACCCUCAAAGAACCUAGCGUUGCCGUCUUCUAUGAUGACCACGCCAGGAGGAGGCAAUCUGUUCCCCAAUACGCCUGGCCAGGCCUUUGACUUCUCCGACUUUGUCAAUAUCACGCCAAGUCCCGCACAGAAGCCAUGGAAGACACCGCUUGCAUUCGGCUCAGCCAAGACACCCCGGAGCGUCCACAGGCGAAGGCUCACCUUUGACGAGCCUUUACAUCAAGGCCUUGCUUAA